AUUACAAUCAAAAACGUACAAUCGGUAAUGACGGUAAUAGAGUUUUCAAUUAUCUUUGGAGCCAUCACGAUUUUCUCGAGAUGAUAAAAACGCAAAUUAUUUUAUCGCUGAAUACCCUCGAGCUAUAUAUAAAUAUAGAAUGUCUAUUUUUACAGAAACACAAAAACAAACCAAUCGGUCGAGAUGAUUGAUGAUUGACGAGACCGCGAUGUGAAAAGCGAGAUACGCAAAAGGUACGAUCGCGGCUUAAAUUACAGUAGUCAACAAUAAACAGGAUACAUAUGGGUGUAUAAUGAUAAUAAUUCGUGGUUGCGAAUUGCUCGGUAAGCUGAUAACGACGUAUGUAUACGUCGACCCGAGGGAUCCGGAGCGUUGGUCGCGGUUAAACGGAUUAAUUCAUUUGUGCCACCCGCCGCGACGGAACGAGGCCCGCCAGCAAUCGAGGAUGCUCAUUAAAUUAACCCGGGAACUGGGGAAACGCGCCGUUGCAUCGCGUUAAUUGCAGCCGCGAGGCGACAACGCGCUAUACUCUCUUUCGCAGAUAGAAUUGUGACAAUAUUGUUCCCAAACGGUAUUGCUCGAACACAAAUUAACACUGGAGCAAUUGACGUUGAAGAUGCAGUGGUUGGCGUUGAUAAUAUGCCUCUACGCCGGAGUAGCCAGUGCACGUACGGAGGAGGACCAGCAGACAUCGAACGCAGGCGGUGUUUCGAACUCUCUUCCGGAACAGUGUUUUUACAGACACCCGGUAGACUGUCCCUCGGACUCGAGCAGAUGUCCCUGCAAGAGGAUCACGCUGGCGAAUGUGCCGGAGGGCAAUGCCGCGCUGUGCUGCAAUACAGAUCAACAGACUUUGGAGGAUGGUCUCUCUUGCAUAGGAUUUCAACAUUCAAAUAUAAGUUACGUGCACAUACGUAACGCAACUUUGGAUGUAUUUAACGUAAGUGAAGUUCGUUGGAGGAUGCUGAAAUCUCUGGCCAUAACAGAUGGCAAGAUUAAUCGACUGCGGGGUCAGUUUCGCAUGAUGACGCCCAUACAGUGUCUGAAUCUCUCGAAUAAUGAGCUGCGCGAGGUAGAGAAUAAUUCGCUGACACGUUUGGUGCAGCUCACCACGUUGGAUCUGUCUUAUAAUAAACUCACUUACCUUCCAGCUUUGAAUACGAUGAACGGCCGAGAAUUCUGGUUAGACAUCUCAGGAACAAAUAUACUUUCGUGCCACGAUGUGUAUCAGUAUAUCAAUAAAACGGGCGAAAAGCAAAUCACAUUUAAUCGCGAGAACGAGACAGUGUGCUCCUCCUUGGCAACGUGGCACUGGUUCAACACGACUGAACAAGUGCCUCUUUCGCAGGUUCUUUACCUCAGCUUGUUGCAAACGGAAUGUCCAAAAGGUGACACCUGGCAAUGCCAAUGUGAUAUCAAGAGACUAGACAUUAUCGAGGGCAAGCCGCCUACACACGCUGUAAAUGUAGAUUGUAGCGCAAUGCAGUUGACGGAAUUACCCGAGAAAUUGCCGCAAAACACUAUAGCCCUUAAUGUUUCCUAUAAUAAUAUCACAGUUCUAGAUGAUCUUAGUACUAACCCGUGUUACGAAGGUCUACGAGAGUUCUAUGCGGAUUAUAAUAAUAUCUGCUCGAUAAACAAGUUGGAAGGUUCUAAGUUUCUGGAUAAUUAUGCGAUCCUUAGUUUACGAUACAACAAAAUUAAAUCACUGCCAACAUAUAUAUUAAGUCCAAGCGCACACAAUAAGAAUUUCAUGAGUUCGAGAAACCUGGUCAGACUAGGAGGCAACAAGUUGCAUUGCGAUUGUAAUACUGCUAAGCAUCUAAAGGCAUGGUUACAAACGCGAAUACUGGACUCUGACGAAGUAAUGUGCGAAAAUGUAAAGGAGAAAGUUAUAGAUCUGGAGCCAUCGAAGAUGUGCGUGUAUCCGGGAGACUGGACUGACUAUAUAUACUAUAUUAUUGCUACCGAGGUGAUACUUCUGAUAGGUCUGAUAGCCAAAGUGUCUUAUGAUUAUUGGGUGUUCAAAACGGCAGGAUAUCUUCCGUGGCCGGCGAAUAAAAUGCCAAAAUUGCCUUGUGAUUGGCUGUUCGAAACGUAGAUCGCGUGAACACGCGCGUAAUGAGAAUUCCUAACAAUGUGCAAUGAAACAAGAAUUCCUAACGGUGCGCAAUAAAAAUAUGAUACUGUUAGGAUAUACUAAACGUGCCUUUGUAAUGUGCCUGUAUAUUCUAUCAACUAUCCCAACGACGAAUAUAAUGGACGAUAAUAUUUUUAUCUAGCUCUUCCAUUUAAGAACAGGACUUUAAAAUAAUCUCCGUAUUAUAUGUCCAUGACAAGUGUUUAGAAUAUAUGAUUGUCAAAGAAUGUAUCAUAUGUAAUUUUAUAAAUAGUUACAGAUUUAUACAUAAUUUUAUAUGUAAGUAUUACAAAU